AUGACAGUCCAUACCCUCAACUUACAAAGGCCAUCUGUAGGCCCUGAUGCCGGCGUCGAAAACUUCCGCUCUGCAACCUCUAAUGAGAUGAGAGCCAAUCUAUAUCACGCCAUUUCUAUGCUUCGUAAACCAACUGAAGAUUUGAUAAAAGAAUUAUUACCUCUAGAUUGCAUUAUUUCAGACAUGUUUUUUCCUUGGACUUCGGAUUUAGCCCUUGAAAUCCAAGUCCCAAGGGUAAUUCAUCACUCUAGCAUCUUUAAUACAUGUUGUGCAUACAGUGUUACACUCCAUUAUGCACCACAUGAGUUAGUAGAAAAAGAUGAUGAUACAUUGCUAAUCCCUUCUUUACCUCAUAAAAUAGAGAUGAAGAAAUCACAACUCCCUCAAUGGGUUCGUGUUCCAAGCCAGUAUACUCGUUUAAUUGAAGCGGUUCGAGAGGCCGAGCUCAAGUGCUAUGGUGUGUUGUCUAACACCUUUUGUGAUGAGGAAAAGGAGUAUGAAGAGUAUUACUACAAAUUAACAGGGCUCAAGAUUUGGAACAUUGGCCCUUAUUGUCUUAGGGUUAACCGCAAAGAAGAGAAUGCAGAGUCUUCUUAUUGGAUGGAUUGCCUCAAAUGGUUAGAUCAAAAGAAACCCAACUCAGUGUUGUAUGUUAGCUUUGGUAGCUUGACUCGAUUCCCAGAUGAUCAGCUCCGAGAGAUUGCAGCCGGGUUAGAAGCAUCAGGUCAUGACUUCAUUUGGGUGUAA